AUGAUCAUUGUGUUGUGGGUUAAUAAAUACACUUCGAAACAAAUCGUUAAGGAGACUAAACUUUCUCCGUCUACCGUAGUGGACUUUAGAAACUAUCUGCGAAAUGGCUGUUCUGAAAUUGUGAAAAGGUACGAAGUCAUUGGUGGCCGGGGAAAAGUUGUGCAGGUUGAUGAGUCAGCAGUGCACACUCGCAAAUAUGGACGUGGCGAAAAACAACGAGAGCUUACAUGGAUAUUGAGAGCCAUCGAAGACGGUAGCAGAAAUUGUAUGAUGCAAAUCGUUCCUAAUAGGACGAAAGCAGUAAUGGUACCACUGAUUAGAAGUUGGAUUGAUGGUCAAAGCGAGGUUCAUACCGACUGCCACAAAAGUUACGGAACUUUGAGUCGAUACUUCUCUGCUCAUCAAACUGUUAAUCACAAUAAGGAAUUCAAAAAAGUGAUGAGUGAUGGGACCAUUGUGCACACAAAUACCAUAGAAUCUCUUUGGAAAAGAGUCAAGCAGCCAUUGAAAGAAGGCAAUGGCACGUCGGAAUCACUCCUGCCUUCUUACUUGGAUGAAAUCAUCGUUCGUGAGCGAGAAGGGGAUCGGUUCGCGUCACGAAUUUGGCAAUUCAUUAAGGAUUUCAAGCCAUAA